CACACAGAUUUCAUUCAUAAAAAUCCAGCUCACUAUAAAAGGCGGGCCUCUCCACUAUCUGCACAGUUCUCAUUUAUAGAGCUGGCAAAUGGAAUAUAGAAAGCGUUCUGGCUUCACCACUUCUCUUUAGAACAGACAGGCUGCCCUCUCUUCUUAAGCAGAGAUGUUAGAUGAGAACAUGCAUCCAGACUCCAGCACUGAGUUCGACUCCUCAUCCAGCUGUAGCACAGCAUCGCCUGGCGGGGACACCCCUGGAUGCAUCCAGCAUCCUUCUGACUCGCUUUCAUCAUCAGCGGACAGCGACAAGGACAUUGAGACCAGUGUAGCAGACUCCUUUGUUCCGACUGUGACUGCAAUCUCAACCUCGCCGGAUCUGAAGUGGAUGGUGCAGCCGACAGUCAUCACAUCUGUCUCUCCUUCCAGCCGUGCAAAAAGCAGAAGUCAGAGCAAGAACCAGUCGUCUUCCUUGGCAGGAGCAAACAAGGCAAAGCCCUGCAACAGAAAAGGGCCAAAAGAUAAGGCUUCCAAAGAGGAGGAGGAGAGGAGGAGGAUCAGGAGGGAGAGGAACAAAAUAGCUGCAGCGAAGUGUCGCAACAGACGGAGAGAGCUGAUAGACACUCUGCAAGCUGAGACUGACCAGCUUGAAGAGGAGAAGUCCGACCUCCAGACAGAGAUAGACGACCUGCUGAAGGAAAAGGAGCGGCUGGAGCAGGCCUUAGCCUCCCAUAAACCAUCCUGCAAACUCCCUGCAAAAGAUGACAAUGAGGAUGAGGAGGAGGACAGUAAUGAUGAUGAAAACAGAAUGCUGCAGGACCCUCCAGCCUCCCCACAGCUGCUGUCCAUAUUAGAGAAUGUAAAAAGCCCAGAGUGCAACAUGACUGUUGCAGAGGUCCCUAUUUGCCAAGACAUGGACAUUGACCCUUGCAUCCCUGCUGCUGCCAUUUUGGGGAACUCCAACAUCCUGCUGUGUUCGAGUGCAGAGGAAGAAGAAGCUCUGGAGGAUUUAAAAGGAGACGACCUGGAUGACUUGGUUCCCAGUCUGGAGAUGGCAGUGGCUUCAGAGAUGGAAGCAUCGGUCCCUGACAUCGACCUGAGUGGCCCCUUCUGCCUCACAGACUGGGAAACUCUGUACAAGUCUGUAGCAAACGACCUUGAAUCUUUGAACACACCAGUCAUGUCUUCCAGUCCCUCUUGUAGCAAUUAUCGCACAGUGUUCUCCUUUAACUACUCUGAUGUUGAUUCCUUGUCUGAAGGCUUCGAGGGCCUCAAAAACAGCCUGGGUGCAUCUGAGUUAAUGAAAGAUAAUCUUAACUCUCCAACACUUCUGGCCUUGUGAAUGUGAAGAAGUUAUGCAACAAUACUGUAACUUUAAUCUAACCAGCCAGCAAGCUAUGAUCUCUCUCUCAAAUAAUCCUUUGUGAGUUUUGGUGUCGUGAAAACAUAAACAUCAAAGGUCGUGUUAUGACAUGUUUCUGUGGAUGUUUCAGGGUUGGAUUCUUCCAUAGUGCUGGUGCGUUUCUCUAAGAUGAGACUCAGUGCUGGUGACAAAAAUGCAUGCAAAUACAAGUCAUCUGUGUUCCAAGAAGAGGUGAUAUCUUGUGUUUUAAAAAAGAGCCCUAAAUGUGAUGUGAAGAUAGACCAUGCUCAGUAGCCUUUAAUAUAUGUGUAAUACUGUUGUGUUGUAGCCAAGUGAAAAAUAGCAGGGUUACUUAUGUGUAGCGUGUAGGUGUAACAUCUUGCUGUAAGGUGUCCCCUAACUUGACAUUUCCAUUAAAAAAUAAUCACAUCAUGUAUUUUAUCAAGAUGUAUUUUAUGACAUAGUUUAUUUUUUUACUUCUUAAAUAUGAUCAGAUGCAAAAAAUUGUAUAAUGCUGGAAUC